UCACUGACAAUCUCUGGUGCAGGGUGUGCAUGGAUGACAUUUUGUUAUCACUGCUAUGCUGCUCUUCUGUUAUAUUUUCAUGCCAGUAGUAGAUGCUUUUGAUCCAAGGUUAUUGGUGGCCCCUUCUAUAUCUCACACUAUAGAUUUCGCUAAAAUAAAGGAAGAAGAGUUGUAUGAAAUUGAAAUCCCACUGAAGUUCAUAUCCCUUGUGGGUGCUAGAGUGCAUGGAUUAGCUUGUUGGUUUGAUGUGUUGUUUAAUGGGAGUACUGUACAAAGAUGGCUUACCACUGCCCCUGGUGCCCCAACAACCCAUUGGUACCAAUUACGUUGUGUUCUAUUGCAACCACUUUAUGUCAUGGCAGGACAAGAAAUAACUGGCCAACUUCGCUUGGUUGCUCACAAUGCUCAAAGUUAUACAAUAUAUUUGACGAUGGGAGUUAAAAUGUGGGGCCCUGGUGCUGAACAAGGGAAAUUCUGCAGUCAUCAUCUUGCAAACUUGAUCUUAAAGAACCCUAUUAUCGGAUGUCUUAGCCACAAGCCUAUACAGUGGCCCCGGAUCAGCAACAACAUCCACUAA